UUUGGCACGUGUAGCGCAACAUCGAAAACACAAAACUUUGUUUUAUUUUAUUUCAAAAGAUCCCGAUUUCUCAAUGUUACAAAUAAAAUGGAGAUUUUUGGUUGUGGAUUCAAUGGAUUUGGGCAGUUACUGCCACAGAUGUCGAAAAGGUGUGUUUUGUUCCCCAUGAAGAUAGAGGGUUGUCAAGAACUGAACGCCAGUUUGCAAACUUCAAGUUCUUACAAGACUUCGAUAACCAUUUCUAAAAUUGUUUCAUCAUGGAGUAUGACUUACAUUUUGACAGAUUCCUCAAUUUUCCUGCAAGGUUUUUGUAACGGACAGAAAGGCACUAAACAGAGAUUGAAAAGAGCAGAGGGUGUCGGCAAGAGUAUUCUAGACAUGGUGAUUGGUGCUGGAGGAAAACUGUACUAUGUCUUGGCUAAUGGAGAAUGCAUUGUGACUGACAUUCACUCAGAUAAUAGUUCCAACGUAUUAGUAGUAGGGGUUGACGAUGCUGGUGAAUCAGAAAGACCUCACUUCCUUAGGGUUUCUGCUGGUGAAAUGAAUACUGUUGCACUGACAGACAAGUCAUCCGGCUUGAUUUCCACUGAGAAGCAAGAUUACAUCUUCAGACCCUUGGAUUGUUCUUUGAAACUCUCGCAAGUCUCUUGUGGAAAGGAACAUGUGAUGUUACUCUCCAAUAAUCACCAAGUCUACACCUUUGGACUUGGAAGUCGAGGUCAGCUGGGUCAUGGGUCAACUGAGAAAGAGGGGCAACCAACACUUGUUGAGGCAACUGCAGGGGUACCCAUGGUGGCAGUAAGUGCUGGAGGCUGGCACUCGGCGUCUGUCAGCACCAUUGGUGACCUCUACAUUUGGGGCUGGAACGAGUCUGGCCAGUUGGGAUUUCCGACAAAAAAUGACAAAACCUCUCCAGAUGCACAAUGUACUUCUCAAGGAGAGUCGCUUGAAGCUGCAGACAAUCUAGACUCUAGUAGAAUGAAGACGACACUUGAAGAAGGAUGUUCAAGAAGAGCACACCCACAAGAAACUGAUUCAAAACCAGAAUCGGCAAAGAAAAUGAGAUUUUCAGAUUCUGUUGAAAGUGCUGAUAUGAGCAAAGAACAACUACAUGAAUGCGGUGGUGUGGUUAGAUCAACAACAGAUACAGAUGAUAAUAAUGGAAUGUAUAAAGGACAACUUGAAAAUGCUUCAACAGCAACGCAGAUAUCCUUGACAACUUUAGAUGUUCUGCAUGAAGAUGUAAGCAAAACGAGUGAUGAAAUGAGGAGACAAAGUACACAGAGCCAAGACAUUUCUCAACAGAAGGCUUUUUCAACAACAUUGGGACGGUUUAACAAGGAUCCUGUGAGAGAUCAAUCGAGGGAGCAGAUUGCGAAUCGAGAAGUCCACUUGGGGUCAGAGAGCAAAGAAGAUACAGCAGGAGAUAGAUGGGAUGGUGAUGAAGGUGGAGGUAGCGAUGUUGUACUCAUCCAAGCUUUGCCUGCCAUUCUUGACCUCCCAGAUGGGAAGGAUGUGUCAAAGGUCAGCUGCGGGUCACGACACACUGCUGCUAUCUCAGUGGAUGGUGAGCUCUAUACCUGGGGUUGGGGUGCAUAUGGCCAGUUGGGACAUGGAGACAGUGAGACACUGGACGUCCCCACUUUGGUGAACUCUCUACCUGAACAUCAGAAAGUGUUGGAAGUAUUCUGUGGUGGAUGGAACACUCUUAUUACAGUCGCUGCACAUUUGUGAGCACUGAUUUAAGAUGGUGAUUGGAAUCCCUUGAUAAGGCCUUUUCACACGACGGAUACGAUGCGGAUAAUGUGCACUGACCAUUUCACACUACAACUUUUGAACACGCUGUCGAUCCGGAUAUGGCACUUUAUCCGUGUCGAAACCAACCCUGCCCGGGAGGUGGGUUGAUAAAUCUCUAUCCGUGUCGAAGAUUCCAACACAGAUCGAAAGCCGUAGUGUGAACACCUAUGGGUUAAUUUUUUAUCCGUGUAGAAGACGCGACGUGGACGUGAAGCGCGGUAAAGCGUUUAUGUGCGUCAGUUUGCAUUGCUGCGCGCCAUCACGCAACCACUCGCGGUCGCACAAUAUCCGGAUUGAAAGUUACAUGUGUAACCAAAAAGCUGAUUUCGCGCAGAGCUAGUGUGAAAGCGAAGCUGUUUGUAUCCGUGUUGAAAUUUUACCGAACCAACACGGACCCUAUCCGGAUAAGGUUCGACACAGAUCGAGGGUCGAUAGUGUGAAAAGGCCUAUAGUGUCUAUAAUGAGGAUGCUGCACAUGGCACUUGACUUCACCUGAUAAGACCACAUACACAACAAUGACCUGCAUGGUGACCUUCCGCAUACCUAAAUUCUGAUCAGGGAGAGGAGGAUGGGUCUGGUAGGCCACUGCAUUCAACACCCGUAGGUGGCAGUUCAUCAAACCAUCUUGUGGGAGCCAAAUCAGUGGGGGUGGGGGGAGGGGCAGGGCUGGACCCCUUGUGAUCAAAGACCUUCCCCAAAUUGUUGUUAUAGCCCCCUAAAUUAUGUCUUUGCCUCGGCUUUCCCCUUGGUGACGGUAAUUUUUUUUUAAAUCGCUGAUAUCACAACCAGAACGUUUGGAACAGAGAUAUCUAUGACAAACAAACAUCCGGCUCAAAACUAGAACCAAUUCAAGUCUUAGAUCGUGGUUAUUCUUCUGCAUCUCUCAGCCCCGAAAACGCCCCCUAUUAGCUAUCACGUGCUCUCAUGACGAAGGUUGAUCACAAGAGGGCACUGUUUGUAGCGGCUAUCAGAACGACUAUUAAAAUGUCUUGUUAUAUGUCAAAUGUUGUUUUUACCUUUCUACACAUUACAGGAAACUGAAAAGCAGAGUAUAAUAAAAAACAGUUCUCUCUACAAGUUUAUUGAGUAUAAUAUCCUGAUGGCAUCGUAGUCCAAAAAUCUUACAUGAGUAUUUAUAUCUUAAGUUCAAGGAUUCGUUGAGGCCUAAUUAGUUGAAACUGUAACAGAGAAAUCUCGGCAAGCAAAUAGGUAGACAAAAUCCAACCAUGUAUUAAAGGGAAGGUACACGUUUGGUAAUCACUCUUAAAAUUAAUGGCAAUAAGAAGCUUUUGGUUAAAAGCCUGCAGCAACUUUUGAUAGUUAACAGUAUUUUGAGAAACAUUCCACUUCAAAGUAAUGAGGUUAUGUAAAAAGAUACAAAAUGCCUCAAAAUUUGAAACUGAGAAAUGAUACAUUUGUGUAUUCCUACAGGGAUCAUUCUUCCGUUGUGGAGAAAUUCGCUCUGGUUUUUCGGCGUUAUCUCAAAAAUGGCGACCACCUUGAAUUGAAAGUAUUAAAUAAUAACGGUUCCAAAACCAAAGGAUGCUUUGCCUUAAAAAGAAUGUACAAUCUUUUUUUCCUUAAAAGGCACUGGACACAUUUGGUAAUUGUCAAAGACCAGUCACUUGGUGUAUCUCAACAUAU